AAGCGAAACCAAAACACGACGUCCUCCUCCUGUCGUAGGUUUUGAUUAUGAAAUGAUACUGAAGGCAAAUAGGAAUACUUCACAAAAUGUAAACAAGAAAGAGAAUCAUAUCCCCUUCAAAAAGUGUGUUAUUCGUUCCUAGAUUUAUCAUAAGAGGAGGAUAAUCUUGGAAUAUAUUGAGCUUGACAUGUCUUGCUAUAGCUGCAGCUCUGAAUUUGGCUUCCUUAAAAAAGAGGUUGGUUGUGAAGUUUGUGGAUUUUCAUUCUGCUCAAAAUGUUGCAAGAGGCAACAAGUUCCAUCUGAAGAUGGAGAAAGUAAAAAAAUAAUGUGCAACAAAUGCUUUAAAGAAUUAACUUGUGAUGAAUCAAAACCUACAUCCAAACCUUCACCUCCUUUAGCCCAUAAGAGACGUAUGCAGGCUCUGAAGAAGCAGUCUUUCAGUGUGGAUUCUUCAGCUCAUAUUAGAUUGAAGUCACAGAUGUCAAAUGAAACUGAUAAAGAUCUUGCUGAAAGACUGCAAAAAUUAAAAAGGGAUCGUGUGAAAGCUGCUUCACCAAGUGAAAGCGAAAUUGAAGAGAGAUUGGCAAAAUUAAAAGGAAUGGAUCCUGGUAAAUAUAAAGCUCCUCCAAUACAGGUAUUUAGACCAACUGAGAAAAUAACUGCAGAAGAACAAGCUUCUAAUCUUAUUACACAAGUAUCAGAAGAGGUUGCAUUGGAUUCUCGGCUUGUAAAACCUGAAGAUGAAAUAGCUGCUCGUUUAGCUAGAUUAAGGGAUGAACCUAUACCUCCCCCCAAAAGAAAGACAGAAGAAUUCAAUAUUCCACCAUCCCUUGCUCCAGGAGAGACUGAAGAAAUGCCUAUAAGUGAUGAAUAUUCUAUGUUGCAUGAAGAAUCGAGAAACUUGUCCGAUCAGGCAUGUAAAGAAGUGAAAAAGCUGAACACUGAUAUGGAGUAUAAAAACUUACUAUCCACCAUGCAAAAGAAAAAAGAAACAGAAAGUGAGGAUGAUGAAGAAGAGGCAGAUAAGCUAGUUGAAAAACUCUUAGCCACACAACUUGAUGAUGUGGAUAUGGAAGAAAUGGAUAGUUUAAAUGAUUUAGAUGCUGAUAAAUCAUCCAGUAAAGCAGGAAAUAAGGAAAGUGUGGAUGAAGAAGAAUUACCAUGGUGUGUAAUAUGUACUGAAGAUGCCAAAAUAAGGUGCUUUGGUUGUGAGGGAGACUUAUAUUGCUCACGUUGUUUCAAGGAGUGCCAUGAUAGUUUGGAUAUAAAGGAUCAUAAAACUUGCCCCUAUCUUCCACCCAAAGUUCCAAUGAUGUAAUUGCUUUGACAUCAAUCUUUAAUCUUUGACAAAUUUUUAGUGAUAUUAGUUGAAAGGGAUAUUUUGCACUGCUGUUGGCAUAGAAAAUGUAUAUAUCAGUGUGUAUUUUUUAUCAAAAAGUAUGUAAAUUUUUGGCUUUUACACUAUUUAAUCACUGUUUUGCUAAAUAUUUAUAUAUGUAUUUUUUUGUUUAUUGGUAAGCAAAGUUUAUACUUUAAACAAUAUAUGUAAAAGAUUCAAAAAUUGCUAUCAAAUAUUUUUAUGGAAGAAAAUUGUUAUAUAUUAUAUUGAAAUAAGUUUCUAGUUUUAUUAUUUUUAAAUCAGAUUAUUUUUCUGUAUUUUUAAAGCAUUAAAAAAAAAGGCAUUUUUUAAAC